AAAGAUUGUUGCAAAACUUAUUUUUUUAAUGUAAAAUAUAUAUAUAAACGUUGUUUUAUUGUAGUUUUACUUUGACUGAUAAUUAGUAGAAUAUAAGUUAAAAUGGCUUUAAAAGACCCUUCUUUAGAACUCCAUUUCCGUGGACACAGACAAAGCAUAUCAGGCUUGAGUUUCCACCCGUCUACACAAAAGAUAUGUACAAGUUCACUGGAUAAUACAGUAAUGAUAUGGAAUUUUAAAGAAUCUAUGAGAUCGUACAAAUUUUUGGGACAUACAGAUAUUGUUACUUGUGUGAAUUUCUCGAAAAGUGGACAUUUGUUAGCUUCUUCUUCAAGGGACAGAUCAAUUCGUUUGUGGGUGCCGAAGCUAAAUGGUGGUUGUAAGGAAUUUAGAGCACACACAGCUACUGUUCGUUCUGUAUAUUUCUCUCCAGAUGAAACAAAAUUAGUAACUGCCAGUGACGACAAAUCUGUAAAAGUAUGGGCUGUUAAUAGGAAUAAAUUCAUUGCUUCAUACACCGGUCAUAAUAAUUGGGUCCGGUGUGCUAAAUUUUCUUCGCAACCUCACAGACUACUUAUUGCAUCUUGUUCAGACGAUAAAACUGUUAAAAUAUUUGACCAAAAUAGUAAUCAGUGCAUACAUAGUUAUCCAGAACUACAUGGUUUACCGAAUCACAUAGAUUGGCACCCAAAAAGUGGAUAUUUAGGAGUGGCUUUGGGCCACGGAACUGUAAAAAUAUAUGAAAUACGUAUGCACAAAUUAAUACAGCAUUAUCGUUUACACAGUGGCCCCGUGUGCCAAGUAACAUUCCAUCCGGAUGGUAACUGGAUGUUAACAAGCAGCAGCGAUGGUACUGUUAAGGUGUUAGAUUUACUAGAAGGACGUCCAAUAUAUACUUUAACCGGACACGAAGGUGCUGUGAAUUGUGUAGGAUUUUCGAAAGAUGGUGAAUAUUUUGCAACAGGCGGAGCUGAUAAACAGUUGAUGGUUUGGAAAACUAAUUUCAAUGCCGUGACUGAUGCGUGUGCUAAUGAGGAUGAUAAAAGUGACACAAACGGACAUAAUUUAACUGUAAUGGACACUCAGUGGGUACCUGGGUCAGACGAUUGAGAUUAUAUAUUGUUAUAAUCAUUUUAUUUUUUACUAUUUUAUAUAUCAUUUUAACAUUUUAUUUAUGACUCUCUAAGCAUUUUACCCAUUUUAUUAGCAAUUAUUUGUGACCACAAAUUGCUUUAUUAAUUUUAUCUAAUACCUAAUAUUAUGCUU